AUGUUUAUUCCACGUCUGGUUCUAUUGAUCAUAUUGAAAAAAAUUUGCGAUUUGACAAAGAAAUAUGACGUGAUUACUUUUUUGGAUGAAGUUCUUGACGGUCCUCGUGGUGGCGGCGUUGCCAAACAUUUGUAUUUCGACUUGAAUGUUCAUUGUCCUUAUGCUGGUAGUGGUAGUGUUCUAGAUAAAAUUGAUAUCAUAUCUGGAACGCUUAGUAAAACAUUUGCUAAUAUAUUGCAGCUUCGGCAAUUGAAAGAAUGUCUUGCUCAAUUGAAUAUUCCUGUUGCACCAAACCCUUCUCACAUUGUACCUAUAUUGGUUGGUGAAGAGGCCGAAACUUGUAAAAUUGCAUCUGACCAAUUAUUGAUUGAGUAA